CUCACUCAUUUAUCUUCCCACUGCAGUCAUGGCCUCGGAGCGUCGAACCGCGGACGCAUCUGCCGCAACCGAUCUCGGGCUGCUGCCGUCCUUCGACACCGCCGCCGAUGUGGCUGCCAGCAAGCGCAUUCGACUUGCCAUCGAGCCAGCACUCGAGCGAACUGUGCGCACCGUGGACGCGGCCGGCGUCGAGACCUACGACGAUCUGCAAACGCCAACGUCCAAGCUGCUGCAAGUGGUCCAAUAUGUCGACUUUGCGAUGGCUCCGAUGGACGAGUCAGAAGAAGGCGAGGCCGCUCAGGAGCCAACCGGAGCGCACUCUACUGGCGCAGCCGCUGAGACCACUGAGCCCGCAGCUCCGCCAGAAUGGCAUUGGAAGGACGUUCAAGAUCACAUCUUCUACGCACAAUCCGAGUCCGAAGUCCUCCUCGAUCUUUUCGCGCUGACACGCAACAAAAAGUAUCUUGCAAUCAACCACACAACUGCUGUCGAGGCUCCAGUGCCGGAUCUAGCUUUCCGUGUUGUGGCUAAGCGACAGCUUUUGGCCAAUGCUGCAGAAGCGUUGGCGAGCGCAGCUGCCAGACUUGAAAAUGCGCUUGAAACCGAGCAGUCCUUCUAUUCUCAAUUGACCAGUCUACAGCAAGAUUGGCGCAUUGUUCAGCGUGGCCAAACGCUUGGCUUUGAUGUCGGGCUUCGCUCGGCGGGCUCUCGACACCCCGGGUCUGGAUUGUAUUCCAUCCGGCGCGGGGACACGGCUGCUUCUGUCGUCAUCGAAUCACCACCAGAUUUGCAAACGGCCACUCGAUUGCGGUUUUCAGUCUCUGGCCCUGGCUUGUCGGCUACCAGCACAAUCCUUCAUCCGCCAUUCCAAGGGCAAGAGCUGUCUCAAAUUAGUUCCACUCUGGAGGCUGCACAGCAUUCCAACUUUUUGCGCGAGAUCUUUUCAGCGUUGACCAGUGACGCAUUGGAAGACGUUUCGAAUAACGCUAAUGUCGUGGGUCACUCAAUCACUGCGACUGUGGAUUCGUCAACCCGAGUGCAGUUCGACCUAGUGAGCAGUACAGACUCUUCCGAGAGCAGCUCGUCGCCCAACCCUGUGGAAUCGAUGCUGUGCUCGUCCAUCGAAACAUUCUUGGCGCAACAAGUGCGAAAAAUGCACCUACACGCGAGCAACACGUUGCAUUUCCCUUCCGUCUAUGCAUCGUCGCGACCAGCUCCUCAGAUUCAACAUGCCAAAAUUCCUGUGCUUGCACCAGUUCUCGCCAUGACACGUCACUGGAUUGUGCGGCAGCAAGUUGCGCAAGCGUUGGACAAUUUGUCCUCGCGAGUGUCCUCCAUUCACGUGGCCACGAGCUGGAUGAGCUCGUCUUCGCUGGACUCGUCCACUGCGGUUUUGACUCUGGGGACUGAAUUGCUCCAUCCAGGAAUCAUCACAAUUCACAUUCAAGGCACUCAGAUUCGAUGCCACAAUUCGGCCGUGCCAUCCACUGAACUGCUGGGGUUGGGCGAAUUUGGCGUCUAUGUCGUCUUCCAAGUAUGCGCCGCGAUGGCCAGCGGCUUGGUAGCCGAAGCGCGUUCGUUACUUCGCCGCAUCCCAAGCGAUCGAGUUGAUCUGGGACUUGACAACAUUUCUGAAUGGCAAUGCAUCACCGAGUUCCCACGUCGCAUUCUGCACGGGCCUGUUCAGCUUUCCUUCCGUCACACUGUUUUGAAUCGACUACUCGUGAUCAGUUUUGACGUAAUUCAACCAGUCUCUGCACCCAAGAUUGUCCUCCACAUUGAGCAAAGUGACGGGACAGUUCUCGACUUGCUGUCGGUGCCGCAGCCUUCUCGGCGCUCGAGCACAGCCAGUUCACCGUACUGGGUGCACUGGUCUUCACUUCCUGGCCAAACGUUCCACGAGCGGUGCCGCUUCUUGUUCUCACAAGCUGCAGCGAUUUAAUUAUUAUUUGCUCUUGAUAAAGCGGCAAUACACAAACCUUAUUCAAGUA